GGCGCUGUAAAAGCCAAGGUUUGUUUUUCAUGGGUGUAAAGUAUGUUUAAGUGCAUUAACCGAACGGCCCAGUGUACGAGAUAUCGCCAGUCAGCAGGUAGCGGUUUUUGUCUUACCCGAGAUUUUAGGCUGGUGUCAUCCUUGCCACUCAGAAUGACCGACCCAGCUGUGAACAGGGUGGUUAGUGACAUAAUUCGCUCACCCGAGGACAAACGGGUCUACAGGGGUUUGGAGUUUACCAAUGGCUUGAAGGCCAUGCUCAUCAGUGACCCAACCACAGACAAAUCCUCAGCUGCUUUGGAUGUCCAAAUAGGUUCAUUAUCAGACCCAGGGAACAUCUCGGGCCUGGCGCACUUCUGUGAACACAUGCUGUUCCUGGGAACAAAGAAGUACCCCAAGGAAAACGAGUACAGCCAGUUCCUCAGUGAGCACGCGGGCAGCUCCAAUGCCUUCACCAGUGGGGAACAUACCAACUAUUACUUUGACGUGUCCCAUGAGCACUUGGAAGGAGCACUAGAUAGGUUCGCUCAAUUCUUCCUGUGCCCACUGUUUGAUGAGAGCUGUAAGGACCGGGAGGUGAAUGCUGUGGACUCUGAGCAUGAGAAGAACCUGAUGAAUGAUGCCUGGAGGUUGUUCCAGUUAGAAAAGGCCACUGGCAACCCUAACCACCCCUUCAGUAAAUUUGGAACAGGUAACAAAUUGACCCUUGAAACUUGGCCGUCUAAAGAUGGGAUCGACAUCCGUCAGGAGCUCCUGAAAUUUCACUCUACGUAUUACUCCUCUAACCUGAUGGGAUUGUGCGUGUUAGGAAGAGAAUCAUUAGAUGAGUUGACCUCCAUGGUGGUGAAGCUAUUUGGAGAAGUGGAGAACAAAAAUGUACCUAUCCCAGAAUUCCCAGAGCACCCCUUCCAGGAAGAACACCUCAGACAAUUCUACAAAGUGGUGCCUAUCAAAGACAUCAGGAACCUGUACGUGACAUUCCCCAUCCCUGACCUACAGAAGUACUAUAAAUCUAACCCAGGACAUUAUCUGGGACAUCUGAUCGGCCACGAAGGACCUGGAAGUUUGUUAUCAGAGCUCAAAUCUAAAGGCUGGGUGAACACACUUGUUGGAGGGCAGAAAGAAGGAGCUCGAGGAUUCAUGUUCUUCAUCAUCAAUGUGGAUUUGACAGAGGAGGGCCUGUUGCACGUUGAGGACAUCAUCUUCCACAUGUUCCAGUACAUCCAGAAACUGCGCACUGAGGGACCUCAGGAGUGGGUGUUUGAGGAGUGCAAGGACUUAAACAAAGUGGCCUUCAGGUUCAAGGACAAGGAGCGACCCCGCGGCUACACUUCCAAAGUGGCUGGUCUUGUACACUACUACCCUCUUGAAGAGGUUCUGGCAGCAGAAUACCUUUUGGAGGACUUCAGGCCAGAUCUGAUUGAGAUGGUGCUGGACAAGCUGAGACCAGAGCAUGUCAGAGUUGCAGUGGUGUCAAAGUCAUUUGAAGGACAAACAGACAAGACAGAAGAGUGGUACGGUACGCAGUACAAACAGGAAGCCAUCUCUGCAGAGUCCAUUGAGAAAUGGGCAAGUGCAGACCUCAAUGGCAAGUUCAAACUGCCCAUGAAAAACGAGUUCAUCCCGACCAACUUCGAAAUCUACCCUCUUGAGAAAGACUCUCCAUCAUUUCCCACUUUAAUCAAGGACACUGCCAUGAGCAAGGUGUGGUUCAAGCAGGAUGACAAGUUCUUCCUGCCUAAGGCAUGCCUGAACUUUGAGUUCUUCAGUCGCUACCUAUAUGCAGACCCCCUGCACUGCAACAUGACCUACUUGUUACUCAGGUUACUGAAGGAUGAUUUAAAAGAGUAUACAUAUGCAGCCCGCCUGGCCGGGCUGGUGUAUGGCGUAGCCUCGGGGAUGAAUGCCAUCCUCCUGUCUGUUAAAGGUUACAAUGACAAACAGCACAUCCUGCUGAAGAAGAUCAUUGAGAAAAUGGCCACCUUUGAGAUAGAUGAGAAGCGCUUUGACAUCAUCAAGGAAGCGUACAUGAGGUCUUUGAAUAACUUCAGAGCAGAGCAGCCUCACCAGCACGCCAUGUACUACCUCCGUCUACUAAUGACUGAGGUCGCUUGGACCAAAGACGAGCUCAGAGAGGCUCUGGACGAUGUAACUCUCCCACGCCUCAAGGCCUUCAUACCUCAGCUAUUGUCACGGUUACAUAUUGAAGCCCUUCUCCAUGGCAACAUCACCAAGGAGUCUGCUCUUUGCAUGAUGCAAAUGGUGGAGGACACGCUCAUUGAGCAUGCUCACACAAAGCCCCUCCUCCCCAGCCAACUGAUUCGCUACAGAGAGGUGCAGGUUCCAGAUGGUGGCUGGUAUGUUUACCAGCAGAGAAAUGAGGUGCACAACAAUUGCGGCAUUGAGAUCUACUAUCAGACCGACAUGCAGACCACCCACGACAACAUGCUGCUGGAGCUGUUCUGUCAGAUCAUCUCCGAGCCCUGCUUCAACACACUGAGAACCAAAGAACAGCUCGGCUACAUUGUGUUCAGUGGGCCUCGGCGGGCCAACGGAGUGCAAGGCCUGCGCUUCAUCAUCCAGUCAGAGAAGGCGCCCCACUACCUGGAGAGUCGCGUGGAGGCUUUCCUCUGCACCAUGGAGAAAUCUGUGGAGGAGAUGAGCGAGGAAGCCUUCCAGAAACACAUCCAGGCCCUGGCCAUCCGCCGCCUGGACAAGCCUAAGAAGCUGUCUGCUGAGUGUGCCAAGUACUGGGGAGAGAUCAUCUCCCAGCAGUAUAAUUUUGACAGAGAUAACAUUGAAGUGGCUUAUCUGAAAACUCUGGCAAAAGAAAACAUAAUGCAGUUCUACAGAGAACGGCUGACAGUAGAAGCUCCAAAGAGACACAAGGUGUCCGUGCACGUCCUGUCCAGAGAGAUGGACUCCUGUCCAAUAGUGGGAGAGUUCCCCGCUCAGAAUGAUGUCAACCUGGCCCCUGCUCCCUCCCUGCCACAGCCCACACUGGUUCAGGACAUGACGGAGUUCAAGAGGAGCCUGCCUCUCUUCCCCCUGGUCAAGCCUCACAUCAACUUCAUGGCUGCCAAACUGUAAGCGAGGCCAGCAGGUCGACACGCAGCAGCACGGAGGCGCCAGGGAGGGCAACGGCAAACGACCCCGCUCUGUUUCCCACCUUAACCCCUCCUCCUCCUCCUCCCCUCCUCCUGCCAGGACGGCUUUCAUCCGACUGAGCCUGCGUGAGUGUGUUUGCGUGGGUGCAUGUGAAUGCGCGCGUGUGUGCACGUGUGGCAGGCUGGAGCCACUAGAAGAGAUGCUUGGAAACAAAUGCGUGUUAUUUUGAAUCACAAAAAGUUAGCCGUGGUUGUCGACAUAGCUGUGAUAAGGAUAGAGGUCGCACCAGACUCACCUCAUGUUCUAAGUCUCUAAAAGGAGACGCAACACUCACGCAUCACAGUACUGUGUAGGCUGUUGUAGAGGAAAUAGAAGCAACCUUAAACAAAAAAAAAGACAAGGGCCAGAUCCCUUUCAAUCAGUUCGAGUAUACUGCAGAACAGAAGCUUCACAGCAGGAGGCGUUUUAUUUGAAUUAUUCAGACAUGCUGCUUUGAGAAUGGAUAGCUGGUUUAUUGUGAUGCACUGGGAGCUGUAGAAGUUAAAGAGCUCCAUGAAGGUCUUCUCAUUUAUUUGUCGGACUGGUUUGUUUUCCAUGUAACUCUCUGAAGCACCACGACUCGCUCAAAUGGAUUAUUUUAUUCAAAUCGAUGCAUUUCUUAAGAAUAUCUGCUCUAGAGUUCUGGUUUUAAUCCUCACAGGUUUUGAAAUGUUGCUUGUAAAGUGGUAAAAUGUUGGGACCCUUUGAGGAGCUGUUUGAAAUUGCUAAUCACAGAGAGCCAUGCCCACAACAGUUGUUUUUAUUUUUAGUAUUUUUUUUAUUGCAUUUUACAGUAGUAUGUAAUUCAGACACCUCAGGGGUACCUAUAUGCUGUUUUUUUAACAUUCAAUUUUACUAGUGAUCGAUUCAAAAUAAAAACACUUUUAUCAAUCUGUCAUUAGUACUUUGUUCACAUCACUAAAUGUGAUCAAAUCCUUAUUGGUCUUCUCCAAGUUAUUUUUGUAAAAAAACUGAAAGGAAAUAACAGCAACAGUAUUUUUGUUUUCAUUUUGUAAGCUCCAGGGAGAUUGUCGUUCUUCUUUCACUCCGUGUCUGCAUGUGAGACUUUCUGCAGCUUGUGCCUUUCCAGGGGGGCCAUCAGUUACUCUGUAUCUGGCUGCUCCUGGUCUGAUCCCGGGUAGAAUCCUGGAGGAUCUAACCCCCCUAAAUUUGCUGGACUGUGCUUUGGCUCAUACAGCAGAGUAAAAAAAAAAAAAGCAGCUAGCCUUUUUCUCUAAACAGAAACUUUCCAUGUUGAUGUCUAAAGGGGGGUUGAAGAAAAGCUCCAGUCUGGAAUUUUUUUUGACUGAAUAUAUGCACUUCUCUCACUAAGCAAUAACCUUAAUGAUGCGGACAGGGAACAGUGUGAGGCAGAGUGAGAUGCGGCUCUGCACUGCUGAGUAGCUGCAGCAGCCGGAUCCACCCAAGCUCCAGCUCAAAGCGCAGAGAGGACCGUGUCCGUUCUGAGCAGCUGCUGGUGUGUGGACAGUGCUCUCUCUCAGGUGCUAACCAGCUUUGCUGUGUCAAACCUCUGCUGGUGGAGCUGCCACUCUGUCCAAACAGCCAAAAAUCAGUUAUGAUUUCAUUUCCCCCUUCCCACCUUAGCUGCUCUCAGGCCUAGUUCAUUGUUCCCUCAUUUGAUGCUGCACAGGUUUAAAGAAUGAUUUUGGAGAUAUGAUUGUGCUGUAUCAAAAGCUUCUUCAAUGUUUUCCAGCAUUUUGCUACGUCUCAGCCUCAUCAAAACCAUUUCAGUUUUUUUAGUGAUCAUCAACUGCUUUACCCUCUUGUGGUUGAAACCCAAAGACAACCAGCAGCAGCAGCAUAUUAAGUUAUUCUCUAUUAUCAGCCCGUAGCUUGACAGGGGACCUGGGGACGGUGACAAAGCCGUGUUUAAAAGAAACUAGCAACAUUACAUAUCAGGCUUGUGUGGGCCAUGCACUGUUAAGUACCUAGUGACUGGUUUACAUUUAGAAAAUCAGAAGCAUAUUUUUAAUUUCCGAAUGUCUUGGGCAACUCGAGAGACGGAUUGGCUGGUGACAUUUUGUUCUUUUUAUCGUCUCCUGUGUGUUUCUAAUUAAUAAACUACUGAAUGGAA